UAGACUGGGAAUGGACACCCCGUGCUGAGACGGUGGAUCAGUGAGACGCGCCAGGUCAUGCUGUAGGCAUUUGUUGGGUGUCCUUGCUGCAUCUGAUCGCAUCCCUGACGGUGCGUGUAUAACAGCACGGGCGGCUCACUUACAUUGCACAUGAGGCGGCUGCAGGAGAGUGCCCUGCACGGCUGGCCGAUCGGAUCGUAUUGCUGCUGCCAUCACACACCACCCCCAUCACCCUCAUCAGUCGCGUGCCCUCUUGGGGUAUUAUUGCAGAAAAGGGAGUGGGUGUUUUGUUUUUUUUAGUGGUUACACGUGCCAAAUGCCUAGUUGCCAAAUUGGUCUGACUGGGACCGCUACCUACUGAAAGAGCCUGCGGGAGAGGAUCCACACUCCCCGCCGGUGAGAUGGAUGCUGAUGCUACUGAGAUCAAACCGGAAAAAAGUCCUGAAUAUAUGAGACUAGACCCGGGGAUGAUAGGCAAAGGGACUGAAGGCAUGGUGGAGAAGAUGCAACUCUCCCCAUCUCAGACAGGUUCAGAAGAGGCAGCAAGCUCUACCCCAGAACUCUCAGCCAAGCAACAUGAGGUGAAGAGGCAUCAUCACAAACACAACCUGAAGCAUAGGUACGAGCUUCUGGAGACCCUAGGAAAAGGCACCUAUGGGAAAGUGAAGAGGGCCAUUGAGAGAUUUUCUGGAAGAGUGGUUGCCAUAAAAUCUAUUCGCAAGGACAAAAUAAGAGAUGAGCAAGACAUGGUUCACAUCAGACGAGAGAUUGAGAUUAUGUCGUCACUCAGCCACCCGCAUAUAAUAAGCAUAUAUGAAGUGUUUGAAAAUAAAGAUAAAAUUGUCAUCAUCAUGGAAUAUGCAAGCAAAGGCGAGCUAUACGAUUAUAUUAGUGAGAGGCGAAGACUAAGUGAAAGAGAAACUCGUCAUUUUUUUCGUCAGAUUGUCUCUGCAGUACACUACUGCCAUAAGAAUGGGGUUGUUCACAGAGACCUGAAGCUGGAAAACAUUCUUCUGGAUGAAAAUGGCAACAUUAAGAUAGCAGAUUUUGGACUUUCUAAUUUAUAUCAAAAAGAUAAAUUCCUACAAACAUUCUGCGGUAGCCCACUUUAUGCUUCUCCAGAAAUUGUAAACGGGAGACCAUAUCGAGGUCCAGAGGUUGACAGCUGGGCCCUUGGUGUUCUUCUCUACACUCUCGUAUAUGGAACAAUGCCUUUUGAUGGUUUUGAUCACAAAAACCUAAUUAGGCAAAUAAGCAGUGGAGAAUACCGUGAACCAACACAACCAUCAGAUGCACGUGGACUAAUUCGAUGGAUGCUUAUGGUUAACCCAGAACGUCGAGCAACAAUUGAAGAUAUUGCAAAUCAUUGGUGGGUUAACUGGAGCUAUAAAUGUAGCGUAUGUGACUGUGAUGUCUUAAGGGACUCAGAAUCACCUCUGUUUGCCAGAUUUAUUGAUUGGCAACAUCGUUCCUCCACCAGACAAGUGGAUUCUGAAAGCAAAAGCAAGUGCCUUCCGAAAACAUCCGAAGUCUCACUAGAGAGACAGAGGUCAUUAAAGAAGUCCAAGAAAGAGAAUGACUUUGCCCAAACGCUGGAUGGAUCUGAAGAAAGUUCAUCAAAGAUCAUUUCAAAGAGACCCAAGAGUAUCUUAAAGAAAAGAAGCAAUAGCGAACACCGUUCUCAUAGUGCAGUAUUUAUAGAUGGUGUUGUUAGUAAUGUAACAUCUGUACACCCAACAGAAAAUGAAAAAGGGCAUAAUAGUGUAUCUACUAACUGUAUACAGAACCUUGAUGAACCAUUAACGCAUGGUUCAAAGCAAUCUACUCCCAUGCCAAAGAAAGGCAUUUUGAAAAAGACGCAACAAAGGGAGUCUGGCUAUUAUUCUUCUCCAGAACGAAGUGAGUCUUCUGAAUUACUAGACAACGAAGGGACAGAAUGCAGUGAUACUCCUCAAAUUAUCCAUGAGCCAAAGAGAACUGUGUCUCAUAGUCUCUCAUACAGAAAAAAAGGCAUCUUAAAGCACAACAGUAAAUACUCAAGUGGUAACACAGAUUGUUCUGUGGCCAAAACCACCACUUCAGUGGAAUCUAUGGAAGAAGGGGAAGGAUUAUCCCAAAGCUAUAGUAGACCAUCAAGUGUAAUUAGUGAUGACAGCAUCCUUUCAAAUGACUCCUUUGAGUUGCUUGAAUUAACAGGUGGCAGACCAAACAGACCGAAUAUCCGUAGCUGUGUCUCCGCUGAAAACAUCCUUUACCUUCAGAAUUUUGAGGGACUUCAAAAAAGUCCCCGUCCUCAGAACCUAAAACGUUAUCGUAACCGAUUUGCAGACAGCAGCUUUUCCCUACUUACAGAUAUGGAUGAUGUCACUCAGGUGUACAAAAAAGCUUUGGAGAUAUGCAACAAACUUAACUAAAUUUAAGUUACAGAAAGAUGAAACCUUUAUUGUGAAUACUUUGCUGGCAGUGUUAGUGUAGAAACAAACAAGUUGCCUUGUUUUAAAUUUACAUACCGUGUGUAUUUAACUUGUUACAGUAGCUCAUAGAAAGAGCCUUGAUAGAUUACAUGACAGCUA